ACACUGAUCAGCUGAGAACACACAGGGUGAUUCAGUAAUGCAUAUGCACAUUUGAAAUUCAAAAAACAAUCGAUCUAUUCGUUGUGUUCGAAACACUUUCCUUUAAAGUGUUAUCAAAUGAUCAUUAAUCUGGCAUUAUAUUUGAUCUUGUUAAAGAAUUGUUAUGCAUUGCAUACAUUCUUCUUUCUUUACAUUGGCAUUACUACGGAAAGAGCAUCUUUGAAAUCCAUAGUGACCGUUUAACAGGAUAAGAAUGCAUCGACCUGCAUCGAAUGCAUCGAAUAUCAUAAGCUAACGAACAUUGCAAAUUGCCAUGCAAUCGCCCGACUAAUCCACGUAAUGACGGUUACCUAAUUUGCUAUUUGUUUUUGCGUGCAAAACUAUUUUCAAUCCGUGCUUUAAAUUGAUUACCUAGCCUAGUGCAAACAAAUGUGCUCUACAAGGAAGCAUGUCAGGCUUUUUCCACAAUUUCAGCCACAAAGCGAGUAUCGGUAGUUUAAUCUUACACUGCAACGUGCCACACGCACACGCCGGAAUGGUUUUACCGAAGCUGGAUGAUUCUUUCGCCGUAAUGCCGCUUCUUUUACGGCUACAGCGCUUCGUUGGUCUCUGGGGCGAACGACGCUACCGGUACAAGUUCCGGCUGGCAUUUCUAAGCUUUUGCAUUCUUGUUGUUAUCCCGAAGCUGGCUUUCGGUUAUCCGGAUCUGGAAACAACCGUACGCGGUACGGCUGAGCUGAUUUUCGAAUGGAAUGUCCUUUUCGGCAUGCUGCUGUUCUCGCUCAAGCUAGACGAUUACGAUGAUCUGGUGCACCGCUACAUGGAUAUAGCCACGAUAGCAUUCCGCAAGGAUCUCCCUUCGGAAUUGGCCAAUUAUCUUGUGCACAUCAAUCAUCGCAUUGAUAAGUUUUCAAAGAUCUACUGUUGCAGUCAUCUGUGUUUGGCCAUCUUCUACUGGGUUGCUCCGUCGUCAAGCACCUAUUUAGCCUAUCUGAGCCGCCGUAACACUUCCAUUCCUGUAGAGCAUGUGCUACACCUGGAGGAGGAGCUGUACUGGUUCCAUACCCGUGUGUCGCUAUUCGAUUAUUCCAUAUUCACAGCAAUCAUGUUCCCGACCAUCUUCAUGUUAGCAUAUUUCGGUGGAUUAAAACUUCUGACCAUCUUCAGCAAUGUAAAGUACUGCUCGGCAACGCUGAGACUGGUGGCGAUGAGAAUUCAACUUAUGGACCGUUUGGACGAGGUUCAGGCAGAGAAGGAACUGAUCGAAAUCAUUGUAAUGCAUCAGAAGGCUUUAAAGUAAGAGUGGAACAACUAUUACCACAUGGGAAUGUUCCGGAAGUGUGGUUACUAAUUUACUUAUAUCUUGGCAGGUGUGUUGAACUACUGGAAAUUAUAUUCCGAUGGGUUUUUCUGGGCCAAUUUAUACAGUGCGUAAUGAUUUGGUGCAGUUUAGUCCUGUACGUCGCCGUAACGGUAGGUAAAAGAUUUGAACGAGAUGUGCAAGACCUUCAUGUUGUAACAUCGGUUUGCCUGUCUCCUAGGGCCUCAGCACUAAAGCGGCCAAUGUAGGAGUACUCUUUAUACUACUAACGGUGGAAACAUUCGGAUUCUGCUACUUUGGCAGCGAUCUAACCUCGGAGGUAGACUAAUUUUUGGGUUAAGUGUCUAGGAUCGUACUAAAUAAUCAAUUAAUGCUCUGCAGAGUUUAAGCGUAGCACGUGCAGCGUACGGUUGCUAUUGGUACGGACGAUCGGUUUCAAUUCAGCGGAAGUUGCGCAUGGUGUUGCAGCGUGCCCAAAAACCAGUCGGCAUUUCUGCUGGGAAGUUUUGCUUCGUAGACAUUGAACAGUUUGGG